AUGAGUUCACUAAAAUUCCCCAAUGUCAAUGUUCAGGGUACAACCCACGAGGCGGCCAGCAGUAAACUUUCAGCCGUUAAUCUAGGAUACUACUCAGAUCCAUUUUUGAAAUAUUUUGUCAAAAGGAUUGAGAAAAGAAGUCCUCUCAUAAAUAGAGGUUAUUAUGCCAGGGUUGCUGCAUUGAGAAAGUACAUUGAGCUCUUUUUCAGAUCUCUGGAGAGGGAGGAAUCUGUUCAGGUAGUGAACAUAGGGGCCGGUUUGGAUACCACCUUCUUUUGGAUAAGCGAACAGCACAAAAAUGUAGUUUACUAUGAAAUGGAUUUCAAAGAACUACUUAGAGAAAAAGCUAACAUAAUAAACCGUGUUGAUACGUUAAAAAGUUUUUUAAAAAGUUUUGAAAAAGGUUAUGAGUGGGACGAAAAUGAAGGUGAAGAUCUUAUUUACUGUGCAAACUACAAAAUGCUUUCAUUCGAUUUGAACAAUUCAAGUUUAUUACAGAAAAUUUUACUGACUCAUGGUUUUGAUAUUUCGUUGCCAACAUUGUUCAUUUGCGAAUGUGUUUUAAUUUAUUUGGAGAUAGAUAGCAGCGACAAUUUAAUAAGAACAUUGGCUGAGCUUAUGAAAAGUACUUCUUGUAUAUUAGUGUAUGAACAGGUCAACCCAAGUACAGCCUUUGGAAAAGUAAUGAUAAACAAUUUUAAUCAAAGAGGCAUAGAAUUAAAAAGUAUUUUCAAGUAUGACAAUAUAAGUAAACAACUUAAUAGAUUUAAGUCUUUGGGAUGGGAUCAUGUGUAUAUAAGUGAUAUGAAUGAGAUAUACGAUUAUCAUUUAAAUCUGGAUGAAAAAAAAAAAAUUGAGAAAAUUGAAAUGUUCGAUGAGUUUGAAGAAUGGAGACUGUUACAAAACCAUUACUUCAUACUCGUUGCGUUCAAUUCUUCUGGUGACUUAAGCAUGAAUGCCUUAUAUGAGUUUUUAAAAAACAAAAAAAAAUAA